GUUUCGUUGUGACAAACAGAGACAGAAAGACAGAUGUUGACGCACAGUCAAACGAUCGCGGGUGUUCUGCUGCUGUGUGCCGUCGGGGUGCAUUGCUGCAAUGGCAUCGCAGCGCAGGAGAAGACCUGUGUACCAAGUCACGAGGUGGAGUGUUUCCACCCGGCGGACCACUUCAAUGCAUCCGCUCCAGUCCGUUUGGAGGUGGAUGAGGGCAGGAGACUGUUCAUCUCCAUGGAGGGCCUCCACGGAUGCAACACGUGCAGCUUGAGCAGAGGAUCGGACACCGUACCGGCGACAAAUGGCCGCUCGUCCUUGAUCCUGCCAGCGCUUUCUGGGGGAGAUUCCGGAGAGUACGCACUGAGAUGUGGGGCUGGGUUCUCAUUGUCUUUUACUCUACAUGUAGUCACCAAACGUCCCACAAAACCUCGUCUGACGCUGGUCCACGUCGACGUCCCGAUGAGUUCCCCCCAUUUUAGGUGUGCAUCGGAGGGAGUCCCAAAGCCCGUUGUGAGGUGGUCAGGAAUUCCAGAUGAAGCAGUAGCAAGUGUGGGAAAAACCGAGAGCACAAUCACCAGCGUUAAAUUCACAAACAGAGGAGUGAUGUGUUGUGCUAGUAAUUCCCAAGGGCAGGAAUGCUCCCAACUGUACGACUAUGACUUAGAUAGUGACCUGGCGGAAAAGGACGAGGUUUCCAGUGUGCUCUUGAGUCCCGGGCAGCCUCUCCUGCUUCGUUGCAGAAUCCAACGCCAGAGGCAGCGAUCGGCAGCGUGGGAGAAAGACGGCCGAGUGUUGACAGCCGGAACAUUGGCGUGCCCUGCAAAAAUCGAGGAGGAGAUGUGCAUCCGAAAUGACUCGCACAGGAACAGCUGGAUGGCUUACUUGUUCGUGGACUCUGUGCACGCGGACCACAGUGGCACGUACACCUGCAGGAAACAAGACAACACAAGCAAGUCUGUUGACGUCAGCGUCCAGGCGGAAGACUUCCUCUCGGUGCAGCUGAUUGCAACAAAAACUCUCCGGGCUCGGGAGGCAUCGGACGCGUGCUUGCAAGCUGCCGUCUUCUACCACCCCGCGCUGAAGUCCUGCAUGUGGGAAACGCCUGAUGGCAAUCUGUCCAACUGCAUCACAGAGGACUGGGUCACAACACACAGGACAGUGAAGCUGUGCGGUAGAAUCAAAUCAGGGGAAUACAAGCUGUACGUGAAGGCGGGCGGACAAAACAGAAGCAAGUCGGUGUCUGUGUGUGUUGUAGACGAGCCAAAAUUCAAGUUCAGCGUCAACAAGCACAACAACAGCAUCGGCAUCCAGACGGCGAGCGCCGUCCCGGCAAAUUACACGUGGAUGUCUUGUUUUUCUGACAACGAAAGCUGCGAGGGUCACGCCCUCUGGAGAGAGGUCCCCGACGCCUGGCGAGCCGACUCCGAUGUACGGUGCCGAAAGACCAUCGAGAGCUCCACCAGUCAAGAGCUGCCGGAUGGACACUACUUGAAGUUUUGCCUGGCAAACUCGGCUGACUCCUGGUGCACGGCUCCACAACUGGUGUACUACCAGCCUUCCCCGCAGGCAGCCAGAGGAUCUCUAGAAGAGGAGAAAGGCAGCUACACGGUUCUGAAAGUCGGCAGCGUGAUCCUGGUUGUGGCUUUGUUCACCGUCACUAUGGUGCUCGUGUACUUUGUCAAAAAGAAGAAACCCCACUAUCACCCCCAGCUGCAGAUGAUCCAGAUGGUUGGCCCCAAUGAUAAUGAUUACAUCUACAUUAACUUCAAGGACUUUGAGUAUGAACGGAAAUGGGAGUUUCCCAGGGAGAACCUGGAAUUAGGGCAAGAACUGGGCUCCGGUGCUUUUGGAAUGGUGGUGCAGGCCUUGGCGUACGGCAUCAAGAACGCUGGCGUGUCACAGCAGGUGGCCGUCAAGAUGCUUAAAGAGAAACACCAGGAAGUGGAGAAAGAGGCUCUGAUGUCCGAACUCAAGAUGCUGACGCACAUCGGCCACCACACUAACAUUGUUAACCUGCUUGGAGCAUGCACAGAGUCAGGCCCCAUAUACCUGAUAUUCCAGUAUUGUUGCCACGGAGACUUGCUGAACUACCUGAAGAGAAGCAGCGAGCGCUACCACAAAUCGGUGGUGGACGCCUUCACCAGGGACCGCUACAGCAGCCUCUACCACAACCUGACGCCAGGGAAAAACUCAACCACUGUGCAGGAGGGCGCAGUGGACAGCUACAUCACGAUGCACCCUGCCACCACCAGGGGGAAGGAGGACAUCGCCCUCCUCCAUCCCAGCUUGGACGACUUGGACUGUGUCGACGAGACAGAGAGCUUUGAGAAUGGACUCACGGACAACCUGCAGGCCCUGACUUUUGAUGACCUGUUGAGCUUUGCUGUCCAAGUGGCCAAAGGCAUGGACUUCCUCUCCUCUAAAAAUUGUAUCCAUCGUGACCUGGCGGCACGCAACGUGCUGGUUACCAAAGGCCGAGUGGUGAAAAUCGCCGACUUUGGAUUGGCGCGGGACAUCGACAACAACUCCAACUAUGUCGUGAGAGGCAACGUGCGUUUGCCCGUGAAGUGGAUGGCACCGGAGAGCAUCUUCCAGGGGACGUACACCAUGAAGAGCGACGUGUGGGCGUACGGCAUCCUCCUGUGGGAAAUAUUCUCUCUGGGUGUCACCCCGUACCCGGGCGUGAAGGUGGACCCUGAGUUCUAUUCCAUGAUUCAGAGAGGAUUCAAGAUGGAGUGUCCUUACUACGCUGACAAGUCUGUGUACGGGAUGAUGUGCAAGUGCUGGGCCCUGGACCCCGGCGACCGCCCCUCCUUCUCCAAAUUGGUGGCCAUCAUGUCGGACAAUCUGACGGUCAGCGAGGAGAAGCUCUAUCACAGCACCAUCAACCGGGCAUAGACCGAAUGCCAGAAUGCAUCAGCCAAUUUGGACACUUCCGCUUUCGCCCAGCAGAACGAGGACGAGGCGCAGUCGAACGAAAACCAACCGAAGCCGUCCAGCGUUCCAUCUAAAUAAUAAUUGCAGUUCAUCCACAUGCCUUUAAGAAUUCAGUCAAAACGAGAGACAGAACAAAGACCAUUGCCGUUGUUCUCAAAUACUGUAUAUAAGCUAAGAUUAGGUUUAACCAAGCGCCAACGGGAAGUAUAGUGGGCUGAAGGGUAACACAAAAUGCCCUUUUGCUAUUCAGCUUCUUGGGUUAAAAAUUUUACGACAUUUGUGUCACUGUGUAAGAUUGUUUUUU